AAACUGUUGGUUUAACACACCAGAGAAACCAGAAAGAAGCAACCUGUAGACUAUGCUAAUUAUAAGAAAAAGAUCAGCAGAUUUUUCUGUCAAACAGUACAACAGCAUCCUCUGAUGAUCUGUAAAUUUUUUACUUUGUCUAAUUAUCAAUCAGGACAGGCCAUGAAAGGGUUGUUUAAAAGUCAUAAGAAAACAGGAUUAUGUGUGUACAUUUGAUAGUAUUGUAUUAAAUGUCAACCAUAAGUGGUGUUUGGUUCUCAGGAUCACGUAUUCUGGGUCACACCCAAAAACAAAUUCCUACUUCCGCAUCAAACAUUUGACUCUUUAUUACCAUACACCUUUUUCUUCUUUCUUCAAAUUUGUGUGUUAUUUGAACAGAAGUUGAUGUCGUCUGCUGUAUCCAAUAAACUACUCGGGCAUUAAAGUUUUGGGUAAAUGAGCAACUUGCAGCAGCACUGUUUUUUUUCAUUGCUCCCCCAUAUCUCAAAGUAAGAGGACAUACUGACUUCUUACAGGUGCCUUGUGUCUAUAACAUUUCCAUCUGAAUGUCCUCCUCAGUAGAUUUCCCUCCUCUGCUUUGAGAAGCCGGAUAACAUGGACAGAAUGACGGCCUUCAAAACCAGCAGAGAGAAGUUCAGAACCAGACCACGCUGCAGAGACCAUGCAGAGGUGAGAGGAGCCGAAAGCGUCUGAAGAACUAGGACUUGCCGUGAAGUGUGAAUGAAGCUCAAAGCUGACUGUAUUAUAGGCUACAUUAGGCAACAUUUAAGGACUCUGAAAAAAAGAAACUAUUAGUAGCCUCUAACAAGCUGAAUCACCACCGAUCAACUGAAAUGGAUUUACCACAAGACAAGCUACUUUGAAAUCUACACAGAAGCCCAGUACAUCAAAUACCUUGUGAACCCUAUAGCUCUACAUAUUGAGACUUCUCAAAGAGGCAGCUCAUAAAAUUUUAAUUCCAAACCAUAGACAUCUAGAGGAGUGGACUUGUCCGAGGAGGCGAUGAACGGCCUUACAGAGAUGUCGUUAAAGUGUGUCCUUGUCGGGGAUAGCGCUGUGGGAAAGACGGCCCUGCUGGUCCGCUUCACGUCAGAGACCUUCCCCGAUGCCUACAAGCCUACCGUGUUUGAAAACACAGGGGUGGAGGUGUACAUGGACGGGGUCCAAAUCAGUCUGGGUCUGUGGGACACAGCGGGAAAUGAAAACUUUCGACAGAUCAGACCAAGGUCCUAUCAGCAGGCUGACGUCGUCCUCAUCUGCUUCUCCGUGGCCAACCCAAGUUCUUUGGCCAGUGUCCAGAAUAAGUGGAUCAAUGAGGUUCGAGAGAACCUGCCCAAGGUUCCUGUGUUGGUCGUGGCCACCCAGACAGAUCAGCGGGAGAUGGGGGCACAUCGAGGCAGCUGCGUCUCUCCUGCAGAGGGGAGACGCGUGGCUCAUGAAGUCCACGCUAAAGGCUACCUGGAGUGCUCAUCUUUAAGCAACCGAGGCGUGCAGCAGGUGUUUGAGUAUGCAGUGCGGACAGCCGUUAAACAGGCCAGGAAACAGGCCAGGCGUGGGAUGUUCAGCAAUAACCAGUGCAAGGUCUUUUGACCUUUGACUUCAAGCAAGUGGGCAGCUGUAGCUCUUAUGAAAGGGCUAUUUAAAUAAUGCAUCGAGAUAUGCUGUUUGGAACUGAGUUAAAGCCUGUAGAGGUACAACAACCUAAAGUUGUUCUGCCACACUUACAGGGACUCCUAUAAUCUACAACUCUUUUUGAACCUGGGAAUGAAUUGAUUUAGUCAUUUGCCAAAUAGUCCCCUAAUUGUGAGUUCUACUGUUGUGUGAACUUAGGAAAGAUGCGACGAAAAGGGUUUACUUGAUAAUCUAAUCUGUUUAUUGAGUGAAUGAUAUCCCACAGAGAUAUUUUCAUGGGGCAUCUGAGAAGUUUUGUGUUUUAGAAAGACUUCAUCUGAAACUUGAGCUGUGAGAAUCUUGCUCAAAUUAAAUCCCUAGAGCUUUAAUAUUGAAGCAACAUAUCACCUCUCAAGGAGGAUAGUACCUUAAUAUUGCAUUAUAUGGUUGGAUGGGCAAAUUAAUUUUUUACAGUCUAAAGUAUGACAAAGAAUAUUUCAUGCCUUUUUUAUGCCUUUUUGAUAGAACAGUGGAUCAAGUAGGAAACAGGUGAGUGAGAGUAGGAGAUGACAUGCAGCAAGUGCCUCGGAUUUAAUCCUUGGUAUCCCAUUUCGUGAACUACGGUCUCAUGGGGCCACAACAUUAAAACUGAGCUAAACUCCCAAUCUUAACUAUUUGAAUGCCUUCAUCACCACAAACGAAGUCAGAAAAUUAGUAUUUUUUUACAGCUGCAUGGAGCUUUUACAGAGGUGUUUUCAUAUUUCUAAAAAAAACUAAAAAGAAAUGGCUGUUUUCAUGCCCGUAAAUCAAAUAUUUAUAUGAAGGGUCAAUUAUGGAAUUAUGCAGCAGUGAUUUUAAUUUUUCAGAAAAUGAAAAUUGGGGGCAGAGUGGGCUAGUGUAGCUUUGUUGGGCUCUGUGUGUUAUGAAACAGAGGCAGAAAACUAACUGACAUUUAGGACUGACGGACAGACCUUAAGGCUGCAAGUUCUUUUCAGUAAUGACUCUAUUUAAGAAACAUCUGUCAAAAUCUAUUCAAUUGAUUCAAAUAAUAAUAGUAUUGUUUGAAAUGUUUUGUUUCAAGUGGGUUGUAUUGAAAUAGAAUUUUAGCAAUACAUGACAGGCAACACAGAUAUGUCAUUUAAAGGUUAAAGUUAUGUUUUUUUUUAUAGUAGUACAACUUUCAGACAGUUUUAUCAACACAUGCAUGUGUUUUCAUGUGGAUUUGUGUGAACGGGUUUUUGUUGUUGUUAUUUAACUGUAUACCUCUUUUAGAACAUUUAAAAAAUAUAUAUUAGAGAGAUCUUCGACCUCUUAUGUUUUUCCUCAU